AUGGCGUUAGUCCAAUGUUCAGAGAAGCUAGGCUCCCUCAUGCUUCAAUUAGGCAAAAAUUUCGUUAUGUUCAUGGUGAUGGUUAUUGCAUGCAAUGGUUUACAUUUCCUACUAAGGCCUUUUUCACAACCUCGCAUUACUUCUGACAUAAUUGUAGGACUAGUUAUGGGCAACGUACCUUUUUUACGUGAACUAUAUGCGGGAUUCAACAGGACGUUUGAGUUUAUCAUUGAUUUUGGUAUGGUGUGUUACAUGUUUGCCUUGGGAAUAGAAAUGGAUCCUUACGUACUAUUCAAACGACCAACUAGGGAUGUUCACAUUGCUUACGCAGCAGUAAUAUCCACGUUCAUGCUAGCCCUUUUCACAACCCCAAUUCUCCGCAUCUUCUCAGGAAAACAUGGAAUAGAAUUCAUCAUCUGCUUAUGUAUUUUCCUUUCUAGCACAGCAUCCCCAGUCUUGACCCGUCUAAUAACUCACCUCAAAAUAGGUAAGUCUGAUAUUGGGAAGCUUGUCAUAGCAGCAGGGAUGCACUCAGAUUGCUUGUGCAUUUUGCUUCUUUCAGUUGGCUACAUUUCUAUGCCAUUGGAUACAUUUUGCAAUGAUGUGGAAGUAAAGAACCGUCUUAAGAAGACCAUUAUAAUGGGGUGUGCAGUUAUUGGGCAGACAUUGUUGGCAGCCAUAGUUUCACCAAUUUUUAUGAAUUGGGUUGACAACGAAAACCCAGAAGGAAAACCCAUGAAAGGUUCACACCUGGUACUGUCAAUUGCCUUCAUGACAAUGGUUUGUGCCUCCUCAACUCUAUAUGACUACAGUCCAAUUCUAAGUGCGUUUAUAACAGGGGUUUGUUUUCCCCGGAAUGGAAGAGUUUCCAAAUGGGUUAUAGGCAAAAUCAACUACAUGUUGAACAUCAUCUUCUUUCCCAUCUUUUUCUUGUGGAUGGGUUAUGCAGCUCAUUUCAGGGAGUUUGAGGUUGGACAGCUAUCAACAUGGAUGAGAUUAUUUGUACCCAUAGUGGUAGUGACGUUAGGUAAAAUUGCUGGAACAGUUAUUUCUGGGGCAAUGCUUGGCUUUCACUGGCCUGAAUCUGUUGCAAUCGGAUUGCUCCUCUCGGUCAAGGGCCAUUUUCAUAUCUACAUAGCUGUCAAAUUGAUUGGUUGUGGCGUCAGCAGUGUUUCCUCCAGCAUUGCUAUGCUAAUUGCAGUAUUUUUCACGGUGGUGCAUGGCCCCACAGUUGUGGCAAAUAUCAUCAAACGUGCCAGGAAGAGAGCACCUACUCAUCGCAUGGCCCUCCAAUUGCUCGAUCCAUUAAGUGAGCUAAGGAUACUUCUGUGCGUUCAUGGACCUGACAAUGUUCCUGCUUCCAUCAACUUCAUGGAGAUCUCAAGGGGGACAGCAGACCCUGGCAUUCUUGUAUAUGUUGCUGAAAUGAUUGAACUAACUGAACAAUUAGCAGCCACAGUAGAGAGGGGUGAGGGAGUACUAGCAACAAUUGUGAAAGACAAGAAAGUCAUGGAGAUGAGAGACCAAGUAACCAGCUCCUUUCAAGCCUAUGUAGAUGAGGAUGGUGAUGGUAUUACGCUCAAAAGGACAUUGGCAGUGUCAACAAUCAAUAACAUGGCAAGGGACAUUUGCGUUUUAGCAGAAGACUUGAUGAUUGCCCUCAUCAUAUUACCAUUCCACAUGAGCCAGCGUCAGGAUGGAAAAUUGGAUAGUGGCAAUCAAGGGUUCAGACAUGUGAACCGAAAGGUAUUGAGGAGUGCUCCUUGUUCGGUGGGGAUUCUAGUGAACAGAGGCUUUGGAUCCAUUGAAAAGAUAUCAAGAUGUGAGGCAUCCGUGAAAGUGGCAGUAAUAUUCAUUGGUGGAAAAGAUGAUAGAGAAGCACUUGCCUAUGCAGGUCUAGUAGCUAGGCAUAAAGGAGUAAAACUCACAGUAAUAAGAUUUCUGGUAGAUACAAGUGCAGAAUCCUCAAGAUUAGCAGCUUAUAGGGUAAGCAUUCCAGGGCUGGAGGAGGAGAUGGGAUUGGAUGAUGAAUACUUUGCACAGUUCUAUGAAAAGCAUAUAGUUGGAGGUCGUAUUUCCUAUACGGAGAAACAUCUUGCAAAUGCAGCUGAGACCUUCUCCACUCUCAGAUCAUUUGAAGGUCAAUACUCACUGGUCAUAGUAGGAAGAGAAGGUGGAGUGAACUCUAUAUUGACAAGGGGGAUGAAUGACUGGCAACAUUGCCCAGAACUUGGACCAAUAGGGGAUGUUCUUUCAGGAUCAGACUUCUUAAUGACAGUCUCUGUGUUGAUAAUCCAACAACACAAACUCAGAGGAGAAUUAGAUGGACUUGAUGAUGACUUCUCUAUAAUGUAG